UAUACAGAACAUCUGGGGAAGACAAAUUGAAUGAAGUACUAGAACUGUACCGACAAGUCGUCCCAGAUUCCGAACAGCGCCGUAAUUAUGGGAGUGCCAGCGUUUUACCGGUGGCUCGCCGACCGCUACCCGCUCUCGAUCUCCGAUGUACUGGAGGACGAACCCGCCGUCGUCGGCGACGGCGUUCACCUCCCAAUCGACCUGACAAAACCCAACCCCAACGGCAUGGAGUUCGACAACCUGUACCUGGACAUGAACGGCAUCGUUCACCCUUGUUUUCACCCUGAUGGCAAGCCAGCACCUGCUACCUAUGAUGAUGUGUUCAAAUCCAUAUUUGACUAUGUUGACCAUCUCUUCUCGUUGGUUCGUCCAAGGAAGCUUCUCUACCUUGCAAUUGAUGGUGUUGCGCCGAGGGCCAAAAUGAAUCAGCAACGUUCUCGGCGUUUCCGUGCUGCCAAGGAGGCAGCUGAGGCUGAAGCUGAAGAGGAAAGGCUCAGGAAAGAAUUUGAGGGCGAGGGAAAUCUUUUAUCGCCUAAAGAAAAGACUGAGACUUCAGACUCAAAUGUCAUUACCCCUGGAACUCAAUUUAUGGCAGCACUGUCGGUGGCUCUUCAGUAUUAUGUACAAUCUAGAUUGAACCACAACCCUGGCUGGCAGAAAAUAAAGGUUAUACUUACUGAUUCAAAUGCACCUGGUGAGGGAGAGCAUAAAAUAAUGGAAUACAUCCGGUUACAACGAAACCUUCCCGGUUUCAAUCCAAAUACUCGACAUUGUUUGUAUGGAUUGGAUGCUGAUUUGAUUAUGCUCUCCUUAGCUACACAUGAGGUUCAUUUUUCAAUAUUGAGGGAGGUAAUCACUUUACCAGGACAACAGGAUAAGUGUUUUUCUUGUGGCCAAGUUGGCCAUUUCGCCGCUGAUUGUCGGGGUAAGCCAGACACUAAAACUGAGGACUGGAAUCGUGCUGAUGAUAUCCCAAUUCACAAGAAAAAGUAUCAGUUUCUUAACAUCUGGGUGCUGCGUGAAUAUUUGCAAUAUGAAUUGGAGAUUCCCAACCCUCCUUUUGAAAUCGACUUUGAACGAGUAGUGGAUGAUUUUGUAUUUCUUUGCUUCUUUGUUGGCAAUGACUUUCUUCCACAUAUGCCAACCCUAGAGAUCAGGGAGGGAGCUAUAAAUUUAUUGAUGCAUAUAUAUAGAAAGGAAUUUACUGCUGUGGGGGGCUAUCUUACUCAUGCGGGUGAGGUUUGCUUGGAUAGAUUGGAACAUUUUAUCCAGUCCGUUGCUGUUCACGAAGAUCAAAUCUUUCAGAAACGAGUUCGAGUUCAGCAGGUUAUGGAAAAUAAUCAAGAGAUGAGAGCUAGGGCAAGAGGAGUAAUGCCUGAAGAGCCACGAGCCUCACUUGUGGAUAAGGUUAAGUUAGGGGAUCCUGGAUACAAGGACAGGUAUUAUGUUGAAAAGUUUGGUGUGUCAAGUCAGAAGGAGAUUGAUAAAAUUAAGAAGGAUAUAGUCUUGAAAUAUGUGGAAGGCCUUUGUUGGGUUUGCCAGUAUUAUUAUAAUGGUGUAAGCUCAUGGAAAUGGUACUACCCAUAUCAUUAUGCUCCCUUUGCUUCUGAUCUUAAAGAUCUACCUGAUCUAGAAAUACAUUUCUUUCGGGGAGAGCCAUUUAAACCAUUUGAUCAGCUCAUGGGGGUCCUACCUGCUUUAAGUUCAAAUGCACUGCCUAAAAAAUAUAGGGAUUUGAUGACUGAUUCUUCACCAAUUUUACACUUCUACCCUGCUGAUUUCGAGAUUGAUAUGAAUGGAAAACGAUUUGCAUGGCAGGGUGUUGCCAAAUUGCCGUUCAUUGAUGAGAAGAAAUUGCUUGCUGCCACAAGGAAGAUUGAAGACACAUUAACGGAGGAAGAACAGCUUCGGAAUAGUGUGAUGCUUGAUUUGCUUUAUGUCAACCGGGCGCAUGAUUUGGCUCCUCAUAUUUUAUUGUACUGCAAAGCUUAUAGUCAGUCACCCUCACAUGAAAGAUGUGUUUCUCCAAUUGCCACAAAUGCUAGCAGUGGUGGGAUGAAUGGAUAUCUUUGGUUAUGUGAGAGAAAUGUUUUCAGCAGUAUUGUAUCUUCUCCCAUCAAUGGAUUGCAAGAUCUCGAGUCUAAUCAAGUCUUAAAUAUUACAUAUCUUCAUCCUAGUAGACAUAGACAUAUCCCUGAACUUCCAGAUGGUGUAGUAAUACCCGAAAAGAUAAUAAAAGCCAUUGAUAUCAAACCUGUUCCUGUGCUAUGGCAUGAAGACAAUGUUGGUCGGCAACAGCAAAGCAGACAAAGGCUGCAAGUACCUGGAGCAAUUGCUGGACCUCAACUAGGAGAUGCAGCUCAUCGUCUUGUCAAAAACACCCUUAACAUCAAAUUGAAUAAUACUUCACGUGGAUUUUUGGAGCAACCUCCAGCCCACCAUACAACGAACAGAUUCCGGGCAGCUGGACCCUCUAGAUAUGAAAGAUAUGAUGGCGAGAACACAAAUGGUUAUUAUGGACAACCUAAUCACCAUGGUGUUAUGGCUAGACCUAGAUAUCCAUUCACAUCUAAUGGUGGACAGAACGACAGACACAAUUUUAGGACACAAUUUAGGUCACAGCAUCAAGAACAGUCUUACAAUGUGAAGGCUGGGUUUUCUGCUUUAACAAUGGAAGAAGGAGUGAGACCUAGGUCAUCGAGGCUUCCAAAUUCUGGACCAAUCAAUUUAGAACCCCGAUUUGUGCAGAACAUGGGUCGUCCAGUACCACCUCCAAAGUGGAUUACUAAAGCACCGCCUGCGAAUGAAAUGUACAGUAGGCAUCAAGAAGCUGCAUCGGGGGCAGUACCUUAUGAUAAGCAGACAAAGGCUUACCAAGUUAAAAAACAGGAGCCCCAAGAUACUCCUGAUUGUGGGAAUUGAUAGUGGUCGCCGUGGAUCUUAUUUGCCUUGUGUUUGACAUGUCUUUGUUGCUCAUCGCCCGUUCCUCAAACUGAAACUAUGAACUCUAUGGGCACUCUGGUUCAAUAUUGGAUUAUAGGGGUUCCUCAAACUGAAGCUAUGAACUCUUUAUGGUCACCCUGGUUCAAUAUUGGAUUAUAGGGGCACUUAUCGAUAUCCCAAUGCAAUUGAGGGAGCAGUGAUGUUCAAAGUUUUCUAUGACACUUAUGUGUAGUGAAGGUGCUGCUCUGAUUCGCCUUGAAGAGACGUUGUAUGUACCUCACUGAUAGUUGUCCAGGCUUUGGAAAGAUGCAAGAACCUUGCAUAAAAGAAAUUCUCGAUUUUUCUUGCAUUAGCAUGGAGCUGGUAUAGGCCGAUGGAGAACAUCAACUUGCUUGUUGUUAAUCAGAAUCGUGCAAGAGUUAUUCUGUUCCAUGGCAUGGAACUAAGUUGUUGUGUUCUGCAUGUGGAUCCCGUUGGGCUUAGUAGUAGCUCUGUUUAACAACAGUUUACUUGUACAUAUCUGAUGUAAUAAAACUCGAUUUGCUUAAUGGAGAAUGUAGCAUUUGUAUUUUACAUAGGACAUAAAAAAAUGGAAACGAGGAGGUUGUUGUGUUUGA